GUCGGGCUCUGCAGGGUUUCUCCGCCGCUUGACCGAGCAAACUGUCCGUCGCAGCCCUGUUGCUUUUCGCGCGCUGGCGAUUUUGGCAAAGAAUGGGUGACGCGGGCGACCAACAGCAAAAACUGCCGCAGCCCCGAGCUCCAUCGAGAACGAUGGACCGGUACGAGAAGCUUGGGCGAUUAGGAGAAGGUUCGUACGGCGUGGUCUUCAAAUGCCGAAACCGUGACACCGGACAAAUCGUGGCCAUCAAGAAGUUCGUCGAGUCGGAGGAGGACCCAACCAUCAGGAAAAUCGCCCUCCGAGAAAUCCGAAUGCUCAAAACGCUGAAACACCCGAACCUGGUGAACCUGAUCGAAGUUUUUCGGAGGAAGCGGCGUCUCCACCUGGUCUUCGAGUUCUGCGAGCACACGGUGCUGCACGAGUUGGAACGCCACCCCCGCGGCUGCUCCAGCUCCCUCACCAGACACGUCAUCUGGCAGUGUCUGCACGCCAUCUCGUACAUGCACAGGCACAGCUGCAUCCACAGGGACGUCAAGCCCGAGAACAUUCUGCUCACCAGAGCGGGCGUCGUCAAGAUUUGCGACUUUGGAUUCGCCAGAACCAUCAGCCCAGGUGAAAAUUACACAGAUUAUGUUGCGACUAGAUGGUACCGAGCACCAGAACUUCUAGUUGGAGACACCGCUUAUGGGCCUCCAGUGGACGUGUGGGCGAUAGGCUGCGUGUUUGCCGAGAUGAUGCGAGGCGAGGCUUUGUGGCCGGGCAAGUCGGACGUGGACCAACUCUAUUUGAUAAGAAAGAGCGUCGGCGACUUGCUGCCGAGGCACAUGCAAAUCUUCAAGAAGAACGAAUUCUUCGUCGGCGUCUCGUUGCCCGAGCCCGAGGUGAUGGACCCGUUGGAGGAGAAACUGGCCAAAUUUGCGACGCCCGAGGGCGUCGACUUUGCAAUGAAAUGUCUGGAUAAAGACCCUAGCCAGCGGUGGACGUGCGAGCAACUGAUGCAACACGAGUACUUUGAUAAUUUUUCGUUCAAAUCGCCGGAAACUGAAUUUAGUGAAUAUGAGCGAGUGCGAAAAUCAAGGGAUCGAUCGCGGACUUCAAAUCAAAGCAGCACUCUUUUGCCUCAACUGACAGGCUCGUCGGAAAAGCAGACGAUCGUCGGACAGGUGCGCUCAAAAGAUUCAAGUAACAACAACCAGCAGCAAAACUUUUCUCAUCUUCCCACAAUCUGACGCGCCGCGCUCUUGAGCUGUGAAUGCUGUUAUUUGGGAGACGAUCAAGUGAAAGCGCUGACAUAAUUCUUACUUGUAUUAACAUCUUUCGCGCUCCCAUCACUAUGAAGCCAGUGUUGCAACCGGCCGGUCAUCGUCUCUCUGUAUUUUGAAAAGAAAACAAAUUGUAAAUAUUUUCUUUGUCUCUCGCUGUGCUGAAUAAUUUAUGAGUGUUUAUACAAUAAGCGUCCAAAAGGGCGAAAGUGAUCUCAAUAAUUUGUUAAGCGUUUUUCCACGCAAAUUUAUCUAAUUUGUUGGAUAAUAUAAUUACAAAUAUGCAUUCACCUUCUGCUUGUUCAAAUUAUAUACACGACCGAGAUUUGUGUAAUAAACAUUUAUGACUGAGCCUUUUUAAGAAACUGGUUUUUUAUUAGAUUUGCACCUAAUGGGCUGUAGCAAUAAUGCUGUAAAAUAGUAAUUUGAAUAAU